UGCUCUAUAUUUUUUAGCGUAACAGAGUAGCGGCGCCUUGUCUGCUGAGCUGGGGAAUGAAUAUUAUAGGGAGUAGUUGGGACUAGCGAUUCCAACAUCGUUGACAGCACUGCCUGCUUGUGCGCGGCUUUCUGACUGCCGUCUCUCGUACUGCAUGGAAUGUGUAAUUUUUCCCACAUACAAAUUAAAUGUAAUGAUUAAACAUUAAAAGACAGACAAAUUUAAUGAGAGGCAAAUAAGAAACGAAUAAGAAAAGCAUUAUAUUUGGCAUGUCGAGCUAACAUCUGGAUAUCCUAAUACCUCUAUAAAGAGGCAUCAUGUAAUGGAUUUGAGCAUCAGAGAUAUUAGAUAAUCAAGAGGUUGCACUAAAAUCAUUAUUUUCCUUUACCUUGUGUUCAUCGUCCUGUUUGUUUUAGUUGCAUCGCUGUGUUCAAAUGUGUGAUCUCCUUAUGGAAGAAGUGUUUCCUCUUUAUCAUGUUUUUAUUAAUCACAGAGGACCUGAUGUCAAGAGAACUUUUGCCGACCUCAUCUAUCACGCUCUUGAUACGCAUGGAUUGAGAGUGUUUCUCGAUGAACACAAAUUGCAAGUAGGAGAUUCCUUAACCCCUGCAAUUAAAUCUGCAAUUUCCAGUUCCUCCGUUCAGAUUGCCAUAUUCUCCAAAACAUACGCACAAUCCGCCUGGUGUUUAAAUGAGCUAGUAUAAAUGUUAGAUUCUCACUCUAGUAAGAUUAUCCCCAUCUUCUGCGACAUCCAACCUUCAGACCUUCGCUAUGUUGAUAAGGGAGUUUAUGCCGAAGCCUUUCAGGAUCAUAGAACCAAGGGCAGGGUUAACAUCCAACAAAUUGACAGAUGGAUAACCGCCCUCAGGAAAGUAUCUGAUAUUUCUGGCGUGCUGAUCAACACGGAGCAAGAUUACUAUGGUGAACGUGUGAAUAAAAUAACUGAGAUUGUAUUAAAAGAGGCGAGGAAGGUAAGUCUGGAUGUGGCUGAAUACACUGUGGGGCUCCCUAAGGCGGUAGAGCAUUUCGAAAAGGAGGUUUUGAGUCCAAGUAAAUCAAGGGGCAUCAAUGCUGUGGCGAUAGUGGGACUUGGCGGAUCGGGGAAGUCCACUCUGGUUACUCAUCUCUACAACUCCAAGUCUUCCCAAUUCCAGAGAUGUUGUUUCUUGUCUGACGUGAGUAAAACUAAAAACGAUUUACCCUCUCUGCAGCAAAGUCUACUUAGGGAUCUGACGCGUGACCAGAAUUUGCGUAUUGAUGAUACGCGUAGAGGUAGGAGCUUGAUUCGAGAUCGUCUGCGGGGAUUGACUGGCGUUUUGGUUGUUUUUGAUGAUAUAGAUAGUACAGAGCAAAUAGACAAUCUGGUAUUUGUUAAGGAUGUUGUGGGAAAUGGCAGUCUGAUAUUGGUAACAUCUAGAGACCAAUCUUUGUUUUAUAGUUCCAAAAUGCAAGUUUACAAUGUCAAAUUACUAGGUAAAAAGGAUGCCCGAGAGCUAUUCUGCUGGCAUGCUUUCGGCCUGACCAAACCAGUCCACAAUUUGCAAAAUAUGGUGGAAGAGUUGGUUAGAAUGUGUGGUGGGUUUCCUUUGGCUUUAAAAGUUUUAGCAGGGCAGCUCUACAAUGAACGUGAUCCAAGACAGUGGAAGCAGCGGUUGGAAAGCCUCCGUGAAAGGCUGCCGAAAAACGUAUUAAAGCAGAUAGUAAUGGAUAGCUAUGAAUCUCUUGACGUUAGAGAGAAAGAGGCCUUUUUAGACGUUGCCCAUUUCUUAACGGGAGAAAACACAGAUCUGGUAAAGAGGGUUUUGGAUGGAUUAAAUAAUGAUGACGGCUGUCAAUGCCUUGAGACGCUCCGUCAAAAAUGCCUCGUGCAGUUUGAAAGUGCAGACAUAAUUUGUCGAAGAGCAUUACAGGGUGAAAGCUUGAAUGACAGUACAGGUGUUUGGAGGAGACCAAAGUGGAUCUCCAAAAUAAGAAUGCACGAUUUAGUGAGGGACUUGGCAAAACAAAUCAGCAGACAGAAGUUGCCCAUCCGCCUUUGUUGCUCAAGUGAUAAAAUGAUCUCUGCACAGGAUUCAGCCCAAAAGUACGAUGUAAGAGGAGUUCGUAGAGAUGAAGACCACCCGUUGCCAGGAUUUUUGCGAAAUCAAGAUAUAUGCGGCUUAAAACUUCUGUCAGUUCAAAAUUUCAGCAUUCUGCGGAAAUUUAAGAACGUGUCCGGAGAUUUGACAUGGUUUCGCUUGCGUCAAUCCGAGGACACUUUAAAUCCUUCUCCGCUGUCACGGAGUAGUUUUAGCAAUCUCAUUCCUUCUACUCUCUUACUGACAAGUUUACGAGUGUUGGAAGUCCAUGGUGUCAACCCUCAAGAUUUCUGCAACUUGCUUGGUGAUCGUGAGCCUCCUUCGCAGCUGCGUGCAUUGGAAGUCACAUGCACAAAAGAUCUUGAAAGCGUAAGCACAGCUGGUCGUUCAACAGCCGUUUCAACAAAACAUGGUUCAGCUUCAGGGACUUCACAUUUAUUGCAGCCUCCAAUAAAUCUUGGACCGUGGUUUCAAGCGUGGUUAGGAAAGUUGAAUUUCAGGACUUUGGGUAAGAUAGUUUUGCAAAAUAUUCGAGGCCUGCAAAGACUCCCAGUUUUUGAAGAAGCUAGAAACCUGAGGCAUGUAGAUCUAUCUGGCUGCAGCGAUUUGGAGGUUUUGCCAGAUUCUAUUACGGAAGAAUUGCUUCAACUUCAAUAUUUAGCUUUGCGAGGUUGCAGGAAGCUCCUCCUCCAAGAUUUGGGAAAAAUCUGCAAGCUUGAGUACGUCGACUUUCAAGGUUGUUCUAUGCUCAGGAAAAUGCCUAGGGGAACUAAAGUUCAGAAGUACCUUAAGCAUUUAAAUGUGGUCCAUACUGAAUUGAGGAAACUUCCUAAGCAACUAGAACAGCUGGAAGAUCUGGAAGAAUUACAUAUAGGGAGCUCAAGAUUGACAGAGAUGCCAUCUUCUCUAUAUAAUUUAAGUAGAUUAACAGACUUGACUCUGUUAGGAUGUACUAAUCUACAUUUAAUUGACAACUCUAUUGAAAAAUUAGUACGCUUUGAAAGUUUUAGAAUAUAUAAUUGUGCCGUGAAAGCGUUACCAGAAACAAUUGCUAGCUGUCCAAAACUGAAAAUUUUGGCCGUUCAAAACUGUCCACUUGAUUCGGAGCAGUUGCUAAUAGGAGCCGAUUCAGGAAAUAGACCACUGAAUAGUUCUCAGCCGCAGGGAAGUACUGGUCAGGGUUCUCAUACAGAUCGUUUAGGUUGUUUAACAGAUUUAAUCAUAAGAGACAGCUGCAUUUCAGAGAUACACAUUCCUCGGGCGGGAAGUCUUUUUCCUAAACUUGAAAUUCUUGAUCUGUCCAACAAUGGUUGUUUGACAAAGAUUGGAAGCCUGCCAGGCAAUUUGAUAAGUCUGAAUCUGACGAACUGUUCAAUGUUGGAAACGCUGGCAUGCCUCUCUAGCCUGGCAAGACUUAAAGUUCUUGAUAUAAGUGGAUGUGGUGAAAUAAGAACACUUGAUGUGGGAGGUCUAAAAUCAAUAGAAGAAAUUAAAGGCAAUGGGUGUUGGAAACUGCGGACGAUUCUGGGUCUGGACCUUUUAGAAAAGCUAUCUUGUUUUCAGAUCUCCUUCGAUCAUAUUUACACACCAAUCGCCGCCCGGCUUCUGGACUUUCCUAGAGUUACACUUUUGAAGGAUUUAGAGGAUUGCAUGGAGGCUUCAGUCGAAAUAAAGCUGGAGGGUGCAAUUUUGCUGUAUCUUAUAACAGAUCCGUAUUGCCAGAUUGAAGUAGCAUUCCGUGGACAUAUUUAUGCCACCCGCUCUUCUAGUUUUUAUAAUUCAAAACAUUUAAUAAUGUGGACAAAAGAUUCAGAAGUGUUUGAUGGCUUUGAAUUAUCUAAAGAUAAGGCAAAAUAUUUCAACAUCAAGAUAUACCAACGAAGGGGAAUGAUACGUAGGAGAUCCUCUCUCCAAAGAGGAUGGAUAGUAGAAGCCAAAAAUGAGUUAGAUAUGAGAUCCUUUCUAUCUAGCGUCUUUUCGACAUCAAGGUACGGAAUUCAAGGCGGCAACUCAAUUCAGAGAGGGCCUCUCGCUGAUAUCUCACAUCUGUUUAAAUGAGCUGGUCUCGCUGAAACAAAAAGUCCAAUCUACGGGCUUGUGUAAGAGUAAAUGCAUUGAAAUAGUUAUAUAACGGUUUACACAACGAAGUCUUCAGACAUUUUAAAAUGUACGUGGAUAUUAUUCUAUAUAUGUAUAUGAAGAUCAGUAAGAAGUAGGAGAACUAACUUUUAUCACUAGUCCCUCACUUUAAAGGCGGAGACUUCAGUUUUUGCUCCAAUAAAAAGGCAUCAUCAGUCCUUUGGUAAGCUUGCAGGAACCAAGAAUGUAAACUAAACCAAAGAUAUAUUUUUUUCGAAAUUGAUCGCAUUUUGCUUUUUC